AUGUCGUCCGCCGAUGUCGCUGCUCCUGCGGCACCAAAUGUCUCCCAAGAUCCAUAUCCGCCCGGCUCCUCUGCGACGAAGCUGCGACAAAUGUUGGACGGCUCGUCGGAUAUAGUAGUCUGCCCAGGCGUAUACGAUGGAUUCUCUGCGCGAAUAGCACUAGAAGUCGGGUUUGACGCGUUAUACAUGACUGGUGCUGGCACCACCGCCUCCAAGCUCGGCCAAGCAGAUCUCGGAAUUGCUCAACUCCACGACAUGCGAGCAAAUGCAGAGAUGAUCUCUAGCCUUAACCCUUCAGUGCCUGUCAUUGCCGACAUGGACACUGGAUAUGGCGGGCCAAUCAUGGUUGCCCGAUCAGUAACCCAGUAUGCAAUGUCCGGUGUUGCAGGGUUCCAUAUCGAGGACCAAGUCCAGGCCAAGAGAUGCGGGCAUCUUCAAGGCAAGCAACUGGUUGAUAUAGAGACAUUCGUUUCGCGCAUCCGAGCAGCUGUUGCAGCACGUCAAAAGAUUGGAUCCGACAUUGUCGUCAUUGCACGCACUGAUGCAUUGCAGUCGUUUGGAUAUGAUGAAUCAGUCCGUCGACUAAAAGCAGCUCGAGACGCUGGUGCGGAUGUUGCCUUCCUGGAGGGCCUCGAUUCGGUAGAGAUGGGAAAGCAAAUCGUCCAAGAUAUGGCACCAACCCCAGUGCUCCUCAAUAUGGUUGAACAUGGAACCACGCCAACCAUGAGCGUUAAGGAGGCGAAAGAGAUCGGAUUUCGGCUUAUCAUCUGGCCCUUUGCUGCACUUGCGCCCGCUUAUGUGGCGAUCAAAGCCACCAUGGAAAAGCUCAAGCAAGAUGGUGUUGCUGAGGCACCCAAGGAGCUGUCUCCAAGGAGACUGUUCGAGGUUUGUGGGCUGGGAGAAAGCAUGGCUUUGGAUAAGGCUGCUGGAGGACAGGCAUUUGAGAAAGGGGCCUGAGAUAGACUUCACGUGUAAAUACGGCAAUUAAUCCAAUUAUGAACCC